ACUGGCUCUGCUGUUACAGACCAAAUGUGAAGAAAAAAAAAAUCUCACCAGUUCUGCAGUAAUUUCCUUCCCUCUAAACCCCACAAGUCAGAUUGUGCUUCUUUCACAGUACAGUGACAUAUUAUUCUAGCACACUGGAGACUACAGCCUGCUAACUGCACUCUGCUGGAUGGACCGUGGCCGGGGUGGCAUCAUGCACAUCGCUCCGGUUGUGUUGCUGUUUAUUAUGGUGUUGAAUGGGAGCUUGACAGCUGCUGAGCCGGCAAGCCCCUUCCAUACAGACAGAGGAGACUGGUGUACUGAACACCGCAAGUUCCACAGCCGCCUGGAUGUAGUACAAGAGCGAGUAGAGAAAACUGUGGAGUACCUGUACUCUGAAGUGAACUCUGUGCUGGAUGCAAUUUCAGGAUCCUCCUGGGCCCUCUCAGUUGCUCCCAGUGGCCCUCUCUUGGAUAUAUUUGAGGAAGACUCUAGAUGAAGAUUACCCCAACCUACCUGUGAGAAUCCAACACAGCCUUAUCCAUACAGCUUUUCUUCAAUGUGCACUUUGUGAUACAUAAAAGUAUAUUUUAAUAAACCAAGAGCUUGUGUUCUGGUGCUUUGCAAAAA